AGCGUACCUGACUGGGUAAUAUUAUAUUUUUAUUGUUAUAUUGAAAGAACCAACCCGUUUUCCCCGCGUCAUUAUAUUUUUAUUUCUAUAUAUAUAUAUAGAUAUAAAAGAAAAACGUUUUACAAGUUAAUGCGCUGCACGAAGAGUUCUCCGCGGCGGUUCUGAGAAGCGGGGUUUCUCUUUCAAUCUGAUCGAUUUUUCGCAGCGAAGAAGCUCUUUUAGUCGAUUUGAAUUUCUUGAAACCUUCUAUGUUUCCGGUGUCCAUGGCUACAGAUUCAAGGAAACGCACAUUGGAGGCUUUGGAGAGAAGAAUAGCUUUUGCUAAGGCUGAGGUUCUUCAAAUAGAAAAGAAAAACAAAAAGAAUAUAAAUGAAAAUGGCGAACCACGUAUUCCUACGGAUUCUACUUCUAAAGAUCAUUCCCCGCAUUUGUUGCAUUCAUCUUCAGUCACACCCAAGAAAGGUAAUUCAUCUUUCAAUGUUGUUGAUUGUUCUUAUUUCCUUCUUUCUUCACUGCUGGAAAUUUUAACCUUUUCUGGUCAUACCAAUUCACAAGAAAUUGAAGAUGGUCCCGUAUAUGCCCAACUUUCUUUGCCUGUAAAUGCCAAUCUGCUCACAAAUAGUGAGUUUUCCACCGAAAGAAGAGUUCGAUUGAUGGAAUAUUGGCAUGAGCUCUUCAGAAGGGAGAUGCUUGCACCAAAGUACAUGCAAGGAUCUAGAAAACAUGAAAUUGACAACUGGAUCCUUCUUGAGAAUUUUGUAAAAGGACGGGUGUUUUCUUUCUAGCUCUCAAAACUAGGCUUUGGAAAUCCAUCAAAACGCUCUAAGAAACACAUGUCUAUGAACAGUAAAAAGUGUGGAUCAUUAUAUCUUCCUCAAGAGUUCCAAAAAUUCGAUAUUUUCAAGCCAAUGCAUGAAAUGUGGAAAGAUUAUAUAAUGCUGCUUCUUAAAAUCAACUGGGAAGAAAUCAACGACGCAAUUGUCUCCUAGGUUGCAGAUCUACAUGGUGCUUUCAUUUUAGUUGUGGAGUGUAAAAUAACUUAUUUUACUGGAAUUCACGGCAUCAUGAUUCGUGAAACUGCAGAAGCUUUGGGUAAUACUGAAGAUGAUAAAUUCGAGGUAAUAGAGAACUGGCGUUGCAUUAUCAAAUUUGUUAUUCCUGUAAAAGCUUGUUUGAAGUUAUACGUUGCUUCCAAAAAGGGUUCUGUAUUUGUAUUCCAAGUUGAUUUGAAAGUCACUCUGCAUGGAGAUAAAUUGGUUCAAGAAAGGGCGGAUUGUGAUAUUGGUGAUGAUCCUUCGACUGUAGGUAACAAACAUCUUGGCACUGUUCUAUCGGGUUUUGAUGACGGUUACUUCAUCUUUUUGAGUGACCUUGUUACUGCUCAUCUUGUGUUUUUCUUGCUUUCUGUGUUUUUAUAUGUUUUUCUUACUUUAAGACAUGAUAUCCCGUAAACCCUGUGCAUUUUGAAAGUCUUGAGUAUGGAAUGCUGGAUUGGAUUGUGGCAGUGGAGAAGUUGGAGAUUUGCUUAAGGGUUAGUUGCUGGAAGAAGGUGAUGCCAGUGACUUGGACUUAUUAGGGACACAUGUAGUCUUUCGGGCUGGUUUGAAAUUUCUCUCGUCUUAAUAAGUCGUUGUAGAUUUUGGUCCUGCUAGUUACAAGAUUGCCGGUUUUUGUCUGCAAUUGAACUCUCCAUUUCUUUCUUAAUUACAAAGUGGAAAGGAAUUCUGAGGAGGAAGAAAUAUGUUUAGCCGUCACUCAACAAAAAUUAAUUAAAUUAUAUUGAAUUAUACGAACUAGAACAUUCUUUUGUGCAUUUAAUUAAUGGAUCAAUAUGUAAUGUAGUCAAUAUUUAUUAUAAAAGUAGUUCAUGCCAGGCAUGUUCAAAUUCGUUUAGACUAGCUGCUUAUAACGAACCUUGUUUUAAGGCUGUCAAGUAAAUGUUGCAUGCAACUGUAAUUAUAUUAGUAAUAAAAUCACAACCUUUUCCCUGGGCAUGCCCAUUCUUUACCAAAGAUUUUUGGCACAAAUCACUGUAGCUUCAUACAAUUUUAAAAUGCUGUGGUUUAUUGCUUAGUUCC